AUGUCCACGGACGACUGUAUCUCGCGCCGCGCCGUCGGAUAUCUUCCAGAGGCCCCCAAGUUCUUCGAUGUUCUCAAUGACCUGUGGCACCCCGAAACAAAUCCCAAUGGCGUCCUCAAUCUCGGGCUGGCUGAAAAUGGCCUAAUGCAGACAGAAAUGACCGAAUUUAUCAACUCCCAUCCUUGUGCUAGCCCUCAUGCAUUGACAUAUGGCGACGGGUUCACUGGCUCCAAGCAGCUGAAGAAGGCUUGGUGUCAGUUGUUGAACAAAUACUCCAACCCUUGCAUACCGAUAAUCGCAUCGCACCUGCAUGUUACACCGGGAGUAGGCAACGCUCUCGAAUGUUGUGCUUGGUCUCUCUUUGACCAAGAAGAUCAAGUGCUUGUCGGUCGGCCUUAUUGGACUGCCUUUAAUUACAUCUUUGGGAUCCGAGCCGGGGUCCGAGUUCGAGAGGUCUCAUUUCGUGGCACUGAUCCAUUUAGUCUAGAGGCCGUCCAAGAGUAUGAGAAAGAGUAUUUGCAAGCACAGAAAGAGGCAAGAUGUGUCAAGGCCAUAUUGCUAUGCUCUCCACAUAACCCGCUCGGCCGCUGUUACCCCAAAGACGUCCUGAGAGCAUAUAUGAGCCUUUGCGGGAAACUUGGACUGCAUCUCAUUGUCGACGAGAUAUACGCACUAUCUGUGUUUGAGAACGCCAAAAUGCGAAAUGCUGUCCCAUUCACUUCAAUUCUUUCCCUACAGGCCAAUGGACUCAUGGAUCCUAGAAAAGUCCACGUUCAGUGGGGACUUAGUAAAGAUUUUGGGGCUACUGGUCUGCGCAUUGGCUGCCUUAUCAGUCAAUCGAAUGAAUUGUUCCUCAAGUCGCUUGAGGGUUUCUCUCUUUUUAACUUCCCCUCUAGCCUUGCUGAUAAGGCGGUUGCCUCCCUGCUCUUGAAUGCGGAGUACACUCAACAGUAUAUCACAACCUAUCAAUCACGUCUUACAGAGAGUUACAAGCAUGUAACUGAAUUUCUAGACGAACAUGGGAUCGUAUAUACGGAGUCAAAUGCUUCAUUAUUCUUGAUGGUAAAUCUCUCGUCUGUGGGUAACCGCCGAUUUUCCAACGAUGACUACAUUCUCGGCCUUCUGAGGCAGAAGAAGCUGUACGUCACCUCGGCCACGGCUUAUAGGAAUGAGGAGCCAGGAUGGUUUAGGAUAGUUAUCGCGCAUCCCAAGUCCGUGUUGGAUGAAGGUUUGAAGAGGCUGGUUGAAGCCUUGUCCUAAUAUGGGUGAAGAUUCAAACCAUAAGGGGAUGAAGCGCAAUGAGAAAGAUUUUGACGAUGAAUAGCUUGCUGCAGAUAGAUUAAGCUCGUGU